AUGACUCCACUUCAAUCUUCAAUCAUCAUCUUCUUUCAUCUUUUCCUUUCCAUCAUGAUUUGUACAGAUUCCUCCCACACACCACUUGAUAAUAUUUUCCUUAACUGUGGUUCUUCUGGCAGCUCAACUGCUUUUUCUGGCCAACAAUGGAUUGGAGAUGUUGAUCUCAAAUCCAGCUCCCUUGUAUCCCGACAAUCUACAGGAAGACUAAUCAAAGCCUCCCCCAUUGACAAGUUACUUACCUCUACUGAUUAUGUUCCUUAUUCCACUGCUCAGCUUUCCAUGUUUGACUUCACUUACACUUUCCAAGUUAGCCCUGGCCCCAAAUUCAUACGGCUACACUUCUAUCCAGCUUCGUUCCCUGGCGGCUUCCAACGCUCAGGUGCCCUUUUUACUGUCAAAGCAGGCCCUUACACGCUGCUUAACGAUUUCAGCGCUUCUUCAACUGCUGAUGAUUUAGGAUUGAAGGUGCUUACUAAGGAAUUCUGCAUCACCAUUGAAGAACCACUGCGCAUAUUGUUUUCUCCAUCAAACAGUAGCAGCAGUUCAUAUGCUUUUGUUAAUGGAAUUGAAAUUGUCUCCAUGCCUACUGGAUUGUACUAUACUCCAAUUGGUGAUGAUGGGGCUAAGGUUGUUGGAAAGAAUUAUCGCUUUGUUGUUGGGGAAAACACUGCUAUGGAGUUGGUUAAGCGGUUGAAUGUUGGGGGCAGCUCUAUCUCUCCCAUACAUGACCCCGGUUUGUUCAGGGAGUGGUCUGAUGAUACGGUUCAUUUGCAAGAAUCAGGUUUUUCUCAGAUCACAACUACUGCUCGGAUCAAUUACAAAGAGAUGCCCACAUUCAUUGCCCCACAGAGAGUUUAUCAAACAUCCUGGUCUGUGGAUCCAAGCAAGCAGGUGAGUUUGAAUUUCACGUGGAGGUUAUUGGUUGAUUCGGGCUUUAGGUACCUGAUACGGCUCCACUUUUGUGAGCUUCAUUAUGAAAUUAUGGACUCUAGGGAAAGGAAAUUCAGCAUCGUCAUAAACAAUCAGAUGGCUGAGUCUAAGGGAGAACUGAUCAAAUGGGGUGGUGAAAUUGGAGUUGCAUUGUACAAGGAUUAUGUGGUUGAGAUGGAAGGCAAUAAAAGAGAAGGUAAGUAUGAUCUGUUUGUCACUAUAUGUUCUCACCAGAAUCCCGAGUCAGAUGAAUCCAUUGAUGCAAUUCUCAAGGCAUUAGAGUUGUUCAAGUUGAGCAACCCAGAUAAUUACAACCUUGCAGGAGUAAAUCCGGUUGUUUCUUCCCAACACUCGGAUCAUCACAAGUCCUUGUUUAUUCCUAUUGUUGUCCAUGAUAUUAUAACUAUCAUAGUAGUAACUUUACUAACCGCUUUGACUGUAGUUGUUUAUGCAAUAAGCGGUUGGAGAGAAAAAAUAUGCAAAGAGAAUGGCUCAUCGCCACAACUAGAUGUGUCGUGCCGUCGCUUUUCUCUAUCAGAGCUACGGUCAGCCACUAACAACUUUGAUGACAAAUUAUUGAUAGGAAGAGGAGGAUUUGGCAAAGUGUACAAGGGGAGUAUUGACGUACCAGAAAAGCCUGUGGCGAUAAAGCGGUUGAAUCCAACGUCUGGGCAAGGAGCAACUGAAUUUUUGACAGAGAUUGAAAUGUUGUCUAAUUUCAAAGAUACCCACGUCGUGUCUCUCAUUGGAUAUUGUCGUGAAGGACAUGAAAUGAUACUUGUCUAUGAAUACAUGAUAAGAGGGACACUUGCCGAUCAUCUCUACAAAAUCAAUCGUAAAGGAAAUCAUGUUGCUGUCCCUAAUUUGUCUUGGGAGCAGAGACUCAACAUUUGCCUUGGUGCGGCUCGUGGGUUGAAUUAUCUUCAUACAGGUGCUGAGAAGAGCAUCAUACAUCGAGAUGUGAAAAGCACAAACAUUCUCUUGGAUGAGAAUUGGGUGGCAAAAAUUGGUGAUUUUGGACUUUGCAAAACAGGUACUACAAGUCAAUCUCACACUCACAUUAGCACAACUGUUAAAGGCACGAUUGGUUAUUUGGAUCCAGAAUACUUUUUGACCCGUAGAUUGACAAAGAAGUCUGACGUUUUUGCAUUUGGUGUGGUUAUGUUGGAGAUCCUAUGCGGGAGGCCUGCCCUCGAUACAACUUUAGAAGGGGAAGAGCGAAGUCUUGACCGUUGGGCUAAAGAGUAUCUUGAAACAGGAACGGUUGAAAAGAUCAUCGACCCCAGCUUAAGGGGACAUGUACCUAGGAACUGUUUGAACAUUUUUGCCAAUCUUGCCAAAGAAUGCUUAUGUAAUCAUCCUAGUGGUAGACCUACUAUGGCUGAUAUAAUAACCAAGCUCCAAAAAGCAUUAGCUAGACUUUAUGAGGAUGAUGAUUGUCAAACAAAAGAGGCUGAGGAGAUUCAAUUGGCACAUGAUGACCCUGAUAAUGAAUCGUGUUAUUCUUCCUCCAUAGCUCAAAGUACAGUUCCUUCUACCUCCAACUCAUUACUGAUACUUCAAAAUAAGACACAGAAGCAGAGAAAUGAGAGAAUUGGUGAUGAAACACUAUCUCUGAUGAUGCAGUCCCAGUUGUAUCAAAAAUUCAGAAAGUCGGAGAUUAUAGAAGACGCUGAUUCUUUCUCUUAUAAUUUCUCGAUAUAGGGCCGUUCUACUAAGGCACAAUUAGUGACAGA